AAAAGAGGAAUGGAUUGUGCCAAUCGAAGUGAAUGAGACGAUAAUACCAUUCAAGUUAGAUACAGGUGCCCACGUAAACCUGUUAUCAUUUGAAGAUUACAAAACAUUGAAGGUGAAAAGCAAAAUACAUCCUAUAAAAACAAAGGUGACAGGAUACACUGGAGAACGCGUUCCUGUUAAAGGCGGAUGCAUUGCAACCUUCAAACACAGAAGCCAACAGAUAAGAGCACUGCUACUGAUCGUGGAUACGAAUGCACAACCAAUCCUGGGACUAAAGACCUGUACAAAGCUCAACCUGGUCAAAAGAGUGUUUGUAGUGACAUCAUCAGAUACUGCAAAUGAUCAUGAUUCACUCAUGGAGGAGUAUAAAGACUGUUUCGAAGGACUUGGAUGUCUUCCUGGAGAACACAAAAUAUGCGUGGAUAAAAGUGUCCCUCCUUUUGUGCAUCCUUGUAGGAAAAUUCCUUUUGCAUUGCGUGGAAAACUAAAAGAGGAACUAGCGCGUAUGGAAAAAUUAAAGGUCAUCCAGAAAAUAGAUGAGCCAACUGAAUGGGUCAGCUCGCUGGUUAUUCUGCAAAAGAAAACCGGUGCUCUGAGAACAUGCUUGGACCCAAGGGACUUAAACAAGGCAAUCAAAAGAGAACACUUUAAGUUACCUACCAGAGAAGAAAUCAUGGCACAGUUCGCAGGAGCUAAAUGGUUCAGCAAACUAGACGCUUCAUCAGGCUUCUGGCAGCUGAGGCUGGACGAGGAGAGUUCGAAGCUGUGCACGUUUAACACACCUGAGGGCAGGUACAGGUUUCUUCGUCUGCCGUACGGUAUCUUAUCAGCGCCUGAAGUCUACCACAAGACUAUUCAUAUGAUCUUCGAGCACAUACCAGGAGUAGAGACAAUGAUGGAUGACAUCAUAGUCUGGGGGUCGAAUCGAGAAGAACACGACGAAAGACUGAGAAAAGUGCUAGAUAAGACAAGGGAAGUGAAUCUAAAGCUUAACAAAGACAAAUGUGAGUUUGGGGUGAAGACGCUUACCUUUGUGGGAGAUGUUGUCAGCGAAGAGGGAGUGAAGCCCGACCCGAGAAAAACGUCAGCAAUCAACAACAUGGAAAGACCAAACAACAAAGAUGAGGUCAGACGUUUUCUAGGAAUGGUCACCUAUCUUGCCAAGUUUGUCCCACAGCUCUCAGCGCUGUCAGCACCUUUAAGGAGUCUUCUGGAACAGAAGAAUGAAUGGAUCUGGUCCCACGAGCAGGAACAAAGUUUUGUGAAACUGAAAGAGACCCUGACACAGGAGCCAGUGCUAAAGUUUUACGACCCAGAGAAGAGAACAAGGAUCUCAGCAGAUGCAUCACAGUACGGCCUGGGAGCAGUGCUACUGCAGCAACACGACGAGCAGUGGCUACCUGUCGCUUAUGCAUCCAGGGCCUUAACAAGCGCCGAGUCCAGAUACGCUCAAAUUGAGAAGGAGCUGUUAGCGAGCAUGUAUGCAUGUGAACGCUUUCACCAAUACGUCUAUGGUCAAGCUUUUGAAGUAGAAACUGACCACAAACCUCUGGUGUCCAUCAUGUCCAAACCUCUGAAUGACUGUCCCGUACGGAUACAGCGCAUGCUAAUUAGGCUGCAAAAAUAUGAUGUGCACAUGAUAUACACUCAAGGGAAAUACAUGUACACCGCCGACACCUUGUCUAGAGCAGUGGAUAAGGAGGAACGUGCGGACAGUGAAAAAACUGCAGAAAUACAGGCAUAUGUGGACAUGAUUGUGACGUCUCUGCCAGUAACAGCUGACAGAACAGAACAAAUACGGAGAGAGACAAAUACAGACGAAACAAUGAAAGAACUCAAGCACACAGUACAGACGGGGUGGCCCAAAAACAAAAAGGAUUGCCCCACGAGAAUACAAGACUACUGGAACUGCAGAGCAGAGCUCACUGUGGUGGAUGACAUAGUGAUGAAGGGGAGCAAGUUUGUUAUUCCAUUAUCAUUACGUAAACAAAUGCUUCAAAAGAUACACGAAGGCCACCUCGGAGAAGUCAAGUGUAAACGACGGGCAAGAGAAGUAAUGUACUGGCCUAGAAUCAACCAAGAUAUCAGCCAGACAACAGCGUCAUGUGAACUUUGUCGCAUCCACAGGCCAAAACAGCAAGCUGAGCCGCUGAUGACUCAUCCGGUGCCCCACAGACCCUACUAUAAGGUUGGAACUGACCUAUUUGACUGUGACGGAAAGAGUUACAUAGUGGUCACCGACUACUUUUCAAACUAUCCAGAAGUUGGAGUGCUGCAGUCAACAUCAAGUAAGGCAGUCAUCAGCUACCUCAAGACCGUCUUCGCCAGACAUGGUGUCCCAUGUGAACUGUUUUCGGACAAUGGGCCCCAGUUUUCCAGCUGUGAGUUUGCUGCCUUUGCCAAAGAAUGGGGGUUUCGACAUCUGACGUCGAGUCCAACUUAUCCAAAGUCCAAUGGCUUGGCGGAAAGCUCUGUGAAAACAGUAAAAACAAUGAUGAAAAAAGCACAGGAUAGAGAUGACUUUCAGAAAAGUUUAUUGAUCUAUAGGAGUGCACCUCUACAGAACGGACUAUCACCAGCUCAAAUGCUGAUGGGUAGACGCAUUCGUUCAAACCUACCAGUAAAUGAGGACUUGCUUACGCCCAAAAGUGCAUACAAAGUCAGAAAAGUAAAGGAGGAGCAAAAAGCAAAACAAAGAAAGCUGUAUAAUCGAACAACAAAACACCUGCCAAUGUUGAAGCCUGGUGACAUGGUGCGUCUCAGGGACAUUUCUACAGGCACCUGGAGACAAAAGGGACAUGUGGAGGAGGAAGUUGCUCCACGCUCCUACAGGAUCCAGAUGGAGAAUGGACUGUCUCUGAGGAGGAACCGCACGGAUCUUCAACUACAGCCGACUGUAAAGGACACUACAGCUCAGGAGAUUGUCCAGCAGGACACGGGUGAAUCGACAGAGCUACCUGACAGUGGCCUGACAGCAGUGUCGGCAUCACCAUCUGUUGAAACACCUUCCAAACUGUCAAGGUCGCCAGCUGCUGAAAAACAGGCUAGACCUAAGAGACAUGUUCAGCCACCUCAGAGGUUGAUUGAGUGUUGCUAAUGACUUUCUCGUUUGUUUUACAGAACAAAGGAUCAAUAUGGACCCUUAAGUUAAUAUAUAUAUAUAUAUAUAAAAAAAAAAAAAAAAAAGAAAAAAAAAAUGGUUUCAAUUGUAAUAGUUGUUCACAAGUAAAGUUUCAUACAGUUAAAUAAGUAAAAUUAAAGUUUAUAUAUCUAUAGAUGACUAAGAGCACUUUAAGAUGGUUUGAUUUAUAGGGUACAUUUCAUUUCUUUAUAGGGGGAAAGAUGUGAUGUUAUGAGUACAAUAUGUUAAGAACUCCAUUACCCAGCAUGCCACAGCAGUUGUGAGCAUGGGCAGAAGCCUCGGGUAAGGGAGGGGUUUGUUGUGCUUAUGGAGUUGUGAAGUAAAGAUGCAAAAGAA